AUGGCCAGUAAACCUAUUUUUGUGGCGACUCACCCCCGCGCUUGCUCCACAGCAUUUGAACGAGUCUUUAUGACUCAAAGAGACACAAUUCAAUGUGUCCAUGAGCCAUUCGGCGAUGCCUUCUACUAUGGCCCAGAACGUCUCUCAACCCGUUUCGAGAAUGACGAACAGGCCCGCCUGGACAGUGGAUUCAGUGAAUCAACAUAUCUCACCAUAAUGGAGAGAUUUGAGCGUGAAGCAUCUGAGGGAAAAAGAGUCUUCAUCAAGGACAUUGACCACUAUCUCCUUCCACCCCAUGGGAAGCCGGCGAGUAUAGCCCCAUCCCUGUUACGCCUCAAGCGUGGUGUAGGCACCGAUAAACCCCAGACCAAUGGUGUGAAUGGUACCAACGGCACUACUCACGCCAACGGCCACUCCAACGGUGUCAACGGGCAUGCCAACGGGCAUGCCAACAUCAAAAAGACUCCAUACCCGUAUGACACUGCGGCGGAGCCAGGCAACCCAACAGUAAUUCCGCGAGAGCUGCAAGAGAAAUUCCACUUCGCAUUCUUGAUCCGCGACCCGCACCACAGCGUGCCGUCGUACUACCGCUGCACAAUCCCGCCACUAGACAAAGUGACAGGAUUCUUCAACUACGACCCCUCAGAAGCCGGGUACGACGAGCUGCGUCGCCACUUUGACUAUCUCCGGACGCAGGGACUUGUCGGGCCGCGAGUAGCGACGCGACCUGAGCUCUCGCCGGAAGCAGGAUCGGCUGCGGACGCUAGCACCGUGCAUGAGAUUUGUGUCGUUGAUGCGGACGACAUGCUCGAUGCACCGGCGCCGACGAUCAAGGCUUUCUGUGAUAGUGUUGGUUUGCCGUAUUCGACUGAUUUGUUGGAGUGGGAUACCGAGGAGGAUUAUCGGUAUGCAUGCGAGGCUUUUGAGAAGUGGCGUGGUUUCCAUAACGAUGCUAUUGAGUCCAAGGGUCUCGUGGCGAGAGUUCAUAAACAUGCUGUCAAGACUGAAGAGCAGUAUGAUGCUGAGUGGUUGGAGAAGUAUGGCCCCAAGGGCGCUGGUCUCAUCCGUGAAGCUGUUGACAGGAACAUGGCCGACUACCUUUAUCUAAAGCAGUUUGCCGUGAAGGUGCCAACUGCAUAG